UACGAGCGGGCUGGAAGGACUUGUUCGAUCAACUUGUGGCUGACUGUGAUAUACUGAUGGUUGAGCACCUUCGUGGCGGCAACUGCAAGGCUCCCCAGCUGUCUGACACAGCUCACUCCACUGCCGUCGUAUGCAUCGUUGCACCACGGUACGACGUCGAUCACCUCCGACCUGGUCGCACACUGAUAUGCCCUCUGAUCCUGUCUUCGAGGACAACAAGUGUUAUUGGAUCCCGGUCAUGGAGCAUCUAUUCUGGAUGCUGCAGCUGAUCGGGUGUGGGUAUGACUAUACCCGAGGGCCGCGCAAGAUCGCGUUCCAGGAGAUGGAUAAGCAGAAGCAGACGAAAGGGCGAGAUUCAGCCCUGUGCGUUGUGAGCGUUUCUAUCUAUAGUCUCAACCAGAAUUCUGGGCCGGCAAGAAUUUGUCAUCGAUUUGUUUUUUUUAGAAGACCGGGGUGUCUAGGUCUACUGAAGUGGGAUUGAGCGUGCCGGUUUGCCACAAAAAGAGGCCCAAUCCGAACUUCCGUCAAUGUCGAAGCCGCGGCAAAAGCACAAGACUCGCCUUGGAGCUCGGCCGGUGACCCUCCAGUCGGCAUCCCACACGAGUCCUUUCCUUGUCUCGCAAUCCGAACAUUUGUUUGCGGCAUCUCAUGUCAUGCACUGCCGCACUGUCGGCGUCCGGAUGGAACUUCUCACCACGAUCGAAGAUGAAUGCGCCCAAGAACCUGACGACAAAUUGCACAAAACCCGACAAUCAUUCGCGGCAAGAUAAUUUCAUGUGUUGGCGAUGCCGGAAUCCACGAUCGGAGAUGCCGCCCAUGCACGGGCUCGCCAUCUGGUCAAUGCCGAUAUAGUCGUCGUGUGAGUGGAAUGGAUAUUUUUUGUCCCGGUUCGGGAGUUGAGAAGUGAAUCUGAACCUGCUUGACGUGACUGUUACUUAUAAGCAUGUGUCGUACUCAAGCUCCUCGACAUCUCCUGGAUAGAUGUCUGUAGAGAUAGCAAAAUGAUGUCAUCAAUCUCGAACGACGAUCUUCGGACAAUGCCGCUACCCCGCCAUGCCUUUCUUCUUCCCCUAUUGGCAGCAGACUCAGCGGCUGCCAUAUCAAGCAAUGCUCUGCGAGCCCAACGGAUGCGCCAAUUCGAACUCUCCACCCUACCUUGCAUAACAUACAUUCGGACGCGACGGCUUGGCGACAUCCGUCUGGGGACCCCACGCCAGGGCCAAUCAAGUAUCAAGUGGAUGCCCCAUCUUCUUCCCGUGUAGAUGUCGCGCGCGUUCCCAAGAUCUAUUUGCGGGGGAUUCGCGUAACCUAUCAAAUGUCAAUGAUUCUCUGCUUCUGAGCUUGAUGUGUGUGGCAGUCCGCUUUUCGUGCGAGUCCAGACCCGCUUUCCCCCACCCCUACGACGCAGGGUCGAGCCCUUCGAGACCCCUCGCCAGCAUUCUGCGAACACUUUCUCGUGCUCUUUUGAGCUCGAAUAUGCCUUGACGAGAGCCAGGAUCACGGAUUUGUGAUCAUUGUAUCUCCGUGAUUUUCCGGCGGAUGAUCAGCUAGCGAACAGUUACGAUACCAUGCUCGCUGGGGGGCCAUCUUUCGACGUGGCAAAAUUGAUCUAGAUCCAGGAUGGACGUGACUGCGCUGUGGUCAUAUAAAACGCCCGCCGUGAGUGAGGGACGCCAAGAUGCCGUUCUUUCUUCCCAAGACAACGUUCCGCGACAGGAAAGCCUCGAAUCCCACUUGGACCGAGACGGAUAUCCUGAACUCGGGCAAUGCCUUGAGUGCGCCAGCAGAGGAGACCGACGUCACUGUCGUCGGCGGUGGGAUUCAUGGACUCAUUUAUGCGAUCCACUCUCGCAAGCUACACCCGGAUCUCAACAUCUCGCUAUAUGAGAAGGCUUCCCGGCCGCAGUGGAAGAUCGGAGAGUCGACUCUGCCGCAUUUUGCGCAGUGGACUAAGUCUGCUGGCAUGAAAGCCGAGUAUCUUCUGCGCUUCUUUGGUCUCCACAGCGGACUGGAGUUCUUUUUCCUCGACCGCGAGAACCCCGAAGAUUACAAGAUCUUCUGCAACAAUGGACCUCCCCCGUUCCUGGCCCCUGGUUACCAACUGCAGCGGUCCAUGUCGGAGCUGGUCUUCACCGUCUUCGCGCAACGGUUGGGUAUCAACGUAUGGCACGGUCACGCUGCAGACAUCCAGAACACCGUCUUGUCACAUGCUGGAGACCAGGUCCCCAUCAUCCGACAGUCGGACAAAGCGCCGGCGCUGACAGUCAAGUCGCCACUGGUGGUAGAUGGCACCGGCCGGUUCCGGCAAUACGCGAGUAAAGCAGCGCGCGUCCGGCGGUUUGACGGCUUCAACACAGACGCGUUCUUUGCGUAUUGGGAAGGGGUCGAUGAAACAAGGUCCCUGAGGAACUGAAGACCUUCGAGGGUGGACACACCAGCCACAUCUGCUUUCCUGAAGGGUGGAUGUACCUCAUCCGGAUGCUGUCGUGGCAUGAGUCUCCCAUGGAGAAUCUGCUCGAUAUGAUCCAUUACGUUCUGGAUCACGCCGCGCUGGAGACACCGCACGAUGAAAUGCCCUCGAGCGAGGAGCUCUGCCAGAUGUUCGGUUGCAAGAUGAAAUGGAUCUGGAGCAUCGGUUAUGCGUGCCGAGAUGAUACUGUCUAUCCUGCCGAUCUCCACUCGUACGGAAGUUCCGAAGGCGAGCGCAAGUUCAACUUCAUCACGCAGAAGUACAAAAAGCUGGGCGAUGUCAUGCGCCAUUUUAAGCUUUUGUCAGACUAUCAUGGGCCAGGAACGACUUGGUACAUCCGCAAGAAGUUGUCCUAUCAAUCCGAGAUCGUGUUUGGUCCGGGCUGGGUCACUGUCGGUGACGGCAUCGGUUUCACCAAUCCGUUGCUCAGUCCAGGAAUCAACACUGGCAUGGCAUCGGCCACGUAUGCCGCAGAGCUCACCGCGGCUGCCAUCAAAACCAGAAACGAGGAAGAGCGCCUGGCGGUGUGGAAGACAUAUGACGACUACUGCGCCGGGGCUAUACCUUCGCUCAACUUGAUGAACCAGUUCCUGUAUUUGACAUUCAUGCACCCACUGCUCGGGCCUCGCGUCGGGUUUUUGUGGACAAUCGUCAUCGGACACGCGCUGCCCCACUUUUCGCUGCCGCGGGCUGCCUUCACGGUCGACCUCCCGCACUUUGCAGGAUUCGCCACCCGCUGGCUCUGGGGCUCGCAAGUCGACGACUGGCUCAAGGUCGCAGAGCACACUGUAGCCAAGCUCAUGCCCGUCGACCUGAACCAGCCUGUGCCUCAAGACAUCGUCGACGACGUCCUCGCUUUUUCUGAGCAAGUCAAGUCCGAGGUUUUGGCUGCCGGGAAGUAUCAAGGCUUUCCAUUCCGCUACGAAGGCGAGUUACGCAAUUACGGCCCGAUGCUUGAAUGGGACGAGGAGAAAUACGCGGGGCAAGAUCGGUUCCAGACCCAAUGCGCGUCCUGCGCGGCGUGGCUGCCUUGUCGAGGCGAUUGGCGCAAAUGCACCUACUGCGGUGUCAUGCGGCCGCUUGACGUUUGCGAGAUCAAAUGGAAUGUUCCUCCCACCAAGUCCGAGCUCAGCAAGUUUGCAGUCAUCGCGCCCAAUCUCAUGUCUGUGGGCACCGUUCUUGUUGAUCAUGUCAGAAAGGCAAAGUGUCCGUGCUCGUCGAUGUGAUGUAGUUGAGGCAGUAGUUCAGAUUUCUCUACUAUAUAAUUAUUCGCCAUCAUGUGACCCAUGCGAGCAGAAAGAGGCGCGUCUUGUUUGUUCGGAGAUCCCCGCCUUCUUUCUUUCUUCCUGCCUCUGUGCUCCCAUAAUCAUUCACAUUUCUCUAUUUCAACCUUUCACUUCAUAUGUCCCAGCGCUCUCAGCAUACCCGGCGAGCUCGCCAUCAGGCGUCUCUCCUCCCCGUCACAGCACACAAUCCUGGCUUAGUCUACCUCAUGGGACAGCCAGUGACGCUCGAUAUAAUUAUCUACAUAGCUCGCCAGAUGGACCGCAUCUUCUGCAGUAAUGGCGAGGAGGGAAGGCUUCUGAAGGUCGGCCCCGCAGCCCUCUCUCUGGAGCAAUUCAUCUACUUGAUCGUCAAAUCCGGCAAUGUCCAUAUCGCCACCCUCCUCGCGACCUUGAUCUAUUUGGAGAGGCUAAGGUCUGUGCACAAUCUAGAUAUGACAGCAGGACGGGCAAGCACCCGCCACCGCGUCUUUCUUGCGACGCUGAUCGUUUCGGCCAAGUACCUCAACGAUUCCUCGCCCAAGAAUGUCCACUGGGCAGCUCACGCGCGCCAUGCGUUCACCCUUGGCGAGGUGAACUUGAUGGAGCAACAGUUGCUCGCUCUCUUGGACUACGAUCUCCGCUUUGACGAAGAAGAGGCUUGCACGACCUUCGCUCCGUUCAUUUCGUACUACCUCCAUGCACGAUCUGUUGCUGUGGAUCCCAAAGUCCUUCGAUCAACUAAAGCAAGACCUGAGCUGGAAUGUCAAGAGAAACAGCAACGCUCGCCAGUCGACUCUCAGCCUCCUUGUCUUACGCCUUCCUCGUCGACAUCCUCGACAUCCUCGAGCGUGGCAUCGAGCGCGUCUGCUUCCCUUGUGUCUACUGUCCGCGGAAUCGCCAAGCGUCUAUCGCAAACUCAUCUGUCAUCUCUGCGCUCGUACAGUUCCAACACACUCAAUACUCCAAGCCGCAGCUGUGACUCGAGUUCCUCAUCUGAGAUCGGCUCGCUUGUCGACGAUACUGGUUCAUCCUCAUCAUCCUCGUCUGGCUGGGCUAGCGACUCGGAUUCAGAGUCUGAUACUGAGCCUUGCAUAUAUUCUGACGACAGCACGGCCUGCUCGGACUUGGAAACGUCCUAUCGUCCCAAUCACAUUCCGGCUCCUACUGCGUCAAAAAGGCUGUUCGUUCUCCGACCGGCGCCAUACUGCGGACAGCGGAUUCCUUCGAACCGGUCUCGCAAGCCGUCGGACACGUCGUCUGUGAACACCGUCAUGGCGGCGUCACCGCAGCCGAGGCGUUCGUCGAUGGUCCAUGUUGCCGCGAAACGAGCAUCUGGGCUUAGCGUGAACUCCGCCGACCUGCCGCUCAGUGCGACGAUGCCCAGUAUUCCCCGGCCGAGCGCAUCAGGAAGUUUCCUGAGCCGGAUGUGGGGCGCUGCGAGGGGUGAACGGUUCUCUGGGAUGGUGGAAUCUCGGUCGGAUGGGUUGCCUGCGACGCAGAGCGCUUUGAAGCGGCUGGUGCUGGUCCACUCGCGUUCCAACCUUGCAGGCCUUGGCCGCGGUAACCCGAUCUCGGAUCCUUCGCUGCAAGUCUGA